UACUUCAGGGUUCCUCAAAGAACGCAACGUAAGGCAUCACCAACACAAAAUUACGAACCCUAAAAAACUAAAGAACAAAAAAAAAAAAAACUAUGAAGCCCUAGAAAAAAAAAACAGAGAAGCAAUUUCUCACUCCCUUUAGUCUCAAUCUUUUUCUCUUAUCAUUGUUUUCGAUAAACUAUUUGUUGAUUCUGAACUUUAAUUUUGCGUGUUUGGUUGCUUUUUUGUUAUUUAUUUUUUCUUUUCGACAUUGUUCUGCUUCGGUGUUUUCAGGAUUAAAUAAAAUAGGGUGCAUUCGAUUUGGUUGUUCGGGACUUUAAUCUUCGAUGCCUUUUACUGUUUCUUCAUCUCCGGUAAUCGCUUUCUUCAAUUAGGGUUUCGAUAAACGAAGCGACGAAGCUUUUCCUCGAUUAUCCGCAAACUAUCAUCACUGUUAAGGAAAUUGUUUGGCAAUUUAUAUUUCAGUUAUAAUGUCAUCACCAUACCCAAUACUGGACGAUAAGCCUAUUAAUCAGUGGAAGGUUACAGCUCUGAAAGAGGAGUUGAAGCGAAGGAAGUUAGCUACCAAAGGUUUAAAGGAAGAUUUAAUCAAUCGCUUAGAUGAAGCCCUUCGCCUGGAAAGGGAGGCUGCCGAGGCUUCCCCCGAACAAGAGACUGUUGAGCCUUCCUCUGAAAAGGAGGCUGCUGCUGAGGGAUUGGAGAAGGAUGAGGCUAAUGGUUUAGGCACUCAAGUAGAUGGGAUAAAAGAUUCCCAGACUGAUAAAGUGGAUGCUGAAGUGGCUGAUACAAUUGAAAGGGAGAGCCUCCAAACAUUUGAAGCUUUUGAACAGGGGAAUAGUGUUGCAGUGGAACCAAUUGAAUUGGAAAAUGUAGUGAAGGUUCCAGAUGUUGUGGAUAAUGUUGGUGAUAAGAAUGACAAGCAGGAGGGCGGUGUUACCGUCCCAGUUGAAGUUAAUAAGAGUGUGUCAGCAAUGGAUCAAGAAGGUGAACAUGCGGGUUUGCCCGUUGGUGUAGAAGCUUGUAGCACAGUUGAGGAGGUGAUUACCCAUGCUUCUACUGUGGAGACCACUGUUACAGUCACCGAGACUAUUCUAAGCGAGACUGUAUCAACAGAAGUAGUAGUUAGUGGUCAGGAUUCUUAUAGUGCAGAGAAGAAUAAUGAAGAUUCAGCAAUCAAGCUAGAGAAUGAGGAGUCAAGGGUGCAGCUGGAUAGUGAGGACUCAAAGCCUCCACUGGAGUUUGACACAAAGCCCCCAGGUGACGAUUUCAUGCCCAAAUCUUCUGCUCCAGAAAACCAGGUAUCUGAGGUCUACCCUAGUUUAGGGUUUCAAGUAAAAUCUGAUUCUAUUUCUACUGAUUCUGUGUCAAUUAAUCAAAAGAAUGAACUAAAGGAUACUAUAAUUGCUAAUAAUGUCAAAUUAGAACAAGAUAAUGUUAGGCCAGAGAUGGUGGAAGAACCAUCAUCCAGAAAUGAUGUACCUGUUUAUGAUGAAUCACCUGCAAUGGAUGUUGGAGGGCUGCAUGAAAAAAAGUCACCUGUUGAAGAAAAUAACAACAAUGUUCCAAGUCCAGACUUGAACAAAACCAAUAGUGGUGAUGAUGUGGGGUAUCCAGAAAAGUUGAACUUGGACAGAAGUUCUGGUGAUGAUUCCAUGGAAGAGGAUUUGCCUGAGACUAGGCAAUAUGAUUCUAAGUUUAAUAAUGUUGAUGAAUUUAGAGACAAAGUUGAGAAUAAUGAAGUGCCUAUGGUGAAGGAGGAAAGCAGAACCAUAGUCGUGGGAGAUGGUGUAUCUGCAAGGAAAAGCGAUACCCAUCAAGAUAUUGACAUGAGUCCCACUUCUUUGACUGAGAAGCGAAAAUAUCCUGAACAAACAUUAGUUGUCAACAAUGAGCCUGCAAAAAGGCAACGCAGGUGGAACACUGAAACAGUUAAAGGAUCAGAUCUGCAAAGCACUACUCCCAAACCUGCCACUACACCCAAGGAUGGACAGGUUACUCUGAAGCGCAACUUCUCUAGGUCUGAUUCCUCUGCAACUGAGGAUACACCUAAAGAGCGCAUUGUUCCACCAUCACGAAGGACCCCAACUAAUUCUCUCAGGAUUGAUCAAUUCCUUCGUCCAUUUACCCUAAAAGCAGUGCAAGAACUUCUUGGCAAAACUGGGUGUGUUAGCAGUUUCUGGAUGGACCAAAUUAAGACCCACUGCUAUGUUACUUACUCGUCCAUCGAAGAGGCCACUGAGACACGAAAUGCUGUGUAUAAUUUGCAAUGGCCUCCAAAUGGUGGGAGACUCUUAGUUGCCGAGUAUGUUGAUCCUGAAGAAGUGAAAAUGAAGUUAGAAGCUCCUUCUACUCCGACCGCCCCCUUUGUCAGUGCUCCAACAGUAACAGUUCUUCCUGCGCCACCUUCACAGCCAGAGCCUUCCCCGCGUCAGCUCAGGGAGCAUCAUCUUCCAGCUACUCUCCCACCUCCACCACCAUUGUCAAGGCCCCCACCAGUUGCCAGGGAGCGUCUUCCAUCCCCACCACCCCUUCCUGAGAAAGUGGACCCACCUAUCGUCACUCUGGAUGAUCUCUUCCGCAAAACAACAUCAACUCCUCGGAUCUAUUAUUUACCUUUGUCUGAAGAGCAGGUUGCUGGAAAACUUGCGGCACAGGGUAAAAGCGUGAGGCAGUAGGCUAGCCUGCAAUUCAUCUCUGGUAGCUUGGCUCUUUCUUAUUGUUGUUAAUCAUCAUGCUAGUUAGUGGUACUAUGGAAAGCAUCUUGAAUGCAUUUUGGCAGGUCUUCUGGUGUUUGCAUCAGGAAAAGACUAUGAUUUGAGACUUAAAUUUAUUUUAUUAGUAUUAGAACCUUCAUAAACUAAAAGCCUCUUGGGUCGGUAUAUUUUCCCCGUUGUUUGAACUAGCUAUAGUGAACCUUUUCAGUUUUCCUAAAUAUUUAAAACUUUGAUGGAAAAUAUUGACGACAGUUUAUGUUUCUCUCCUGCCAUGGAUCUGGAUUGUACUUGUGGGAUCAUUCCUUAAAUGGUGAGUGGCUGUUUUUGUUUUUUGAUGCGGGUUUCCAUGUGUCUAAUGUCUGUCUGUGUUUUGAGUGUAAUAGUUUUCUCUAAGCUUCGAUUUCCUAUUGACCUGCAGCUUAUAUUUGGUCUUAGCUUUGUAAGAAAGGGUGAUCAACAAAUUUAUGAGUUUA